AUGGUUGAUCUACCAUCUGUUAAACAAUCGUAUACUAUGACAACGACGGGUGAACUUAAAUCUCGAGCAUUUAAGAGUAGUAUGGGUGUUCUACCGUUUCGUCGUAGUGAAUCUAUACCGGAACUAAAUCUGGUUCAUCUACGUGGACGAUCAGUCAUGGCAACAGGAGUCGCUACUACUGAAUUAGCAAGUAGUCGUGUUGGUACAAAUACACCCGUUACCCCAAGACCACCAUUAGCAUUAUCCGAAUCUGUUCAAGCAAGUUUAAGCGAUCGAUACGAACCUCUACCGGCUAUUUUACCAAUGGUUGGCACAGCACAUUCAGCGGCUCUUCUAGAAAGACGAUCACAAAAGAAACCGACUGUUAAUGUACCACCAGUAAAAAAACGAAAAGUGGAGAUACUCAUUGUUGAACCUGAAGUCAUACAACGAAGUACACCAAGAUCUGUAGUUGGUCGCAUGGUUAAUGAAGCACGAUUAUUAAGUCAACCUGGCGGUGAUCGUCUAACACCACACAGUCGAUUAUCAAGUAAACAACAAUCCUAUGGUACAUCAUCGACGAUGUCAUCGACUCAUCCACAACAAAUUGUAAUCACACCAAGUGAUGAUCCAUCACGUGCGGCAGUUGAAAAUUUAAUAGCAUCCAUAAAAUCGAAACAAUUACAAGAAGCUCAACGGCAAUCAGAUCGUAAAAUUCUUGAUAUUAUACAUCGUGUACUUGGAAGAACAAUUGAUCUGGUUUAUGAUGAAGAUGAGAAAGAACAAAUUCAACAAGAACAUGAACAGAAACUGAUUGUCGACGAAGAAAAACGAAUCCCAAUGAUUCUUGAAGAAGAAGACAUGAGUGUUCAUUUACGUGUACCCGAUGUUAGCCGAAUGGAUCUUGAAGUAGACGAUGAAAAAUAUGAAGGCGAAGAUGGAGAAUACGAAGGUAUAACUGACAAAGAGAGAACUUUAAGAACAAAGAAACAAACAGAAGAUUAUGAACAAAUUGAUAUGUCACGAGAUCCGCUCUAUCGUCAUAUAUUAUUAGGAAUAACAGAUGAAGAUCUAUUAAAUGUACGAGGUACUCAAAUAAAUGUACCAACAUCACUCAUUAGUAGAAAUCGAGCGAUACCCACUAAGCCAGCUAAACAUGAUGAUAAAAGUGUUCAUCAUUUUUGUAUUCAAAUGACUAAUGAAAGCGAUAUCCUAUCAAAAGAACUUCGUGCUAUAACUCAAUUAUAUCAUCAACGAGCUCGAUACCGAAACAAACUGCCUACUUCUACAAUUUAUUAUAAACACGGACAAUUACCAAAACCUUUCAUUAAAGAAACCAUUGGAAAUGAACGACACGAAGAUGAACAAAAUAUUUCACGUUCAAUUAAAACCAAUGGUCCUUCAAUUCCCUAUGAUGGGCUCGAGCCCGUGGAAACCGAUCUUAAUGUAUGGCAACGUCGUGCUACUCAAAUAGUUCAACCGAAAAUUGAAGGCAAUUCUGCUAUUUCUCAAGACCCAUAUCUAAUUCACUUGUGGACACCGGCACCACCGAAAAUGUAUAUUCAUCCACGUCGUGUAAAAGAACGUCUGUUUGUUGAAUAUACAUCUAAUCAAACGAAAGAAUUCAUUGAUAUGGACGAUGACGACAUGACUUUAAUCGAUGAACAAAAAUCAGUUUUUACAAACUUUAGCGAGGUAGAUCAAAUGUUAGAAGUACCCUAUGUUGUUCCAGUUAUAAAACGAUAUAAAUCAUUGGAACGUUUACCAUCGACAAUCGAUCAUAGCGAUGAAUUUCGAAUGAGUUCAAAUAUGAUUCGAUCAAGUCGUUCUUGCUCAAAUUUAACAUCAGAGUUAACGCUUCGUUUAGAUACGAAUUAUGUAUUUACGUUAGAUGAAACAAAACAUCAAAUUGCAGCUCGAAAACAUGUUAAACCUGAAACAAUUACAUCCAAUACGGUUCCUUCAGAUGAAACACACUUAGUAUCGUCUCAAAUCAUCGAAGUAGCAGCUGUUAAAGAACAACAAGAAUCCAUUGUUGAAGAAAAAGUUGAGCAGUCAUCGGGAGAUUUUCAAUAUUUUCGUAAAACUCAUCAUGCAGUACAUUAUGAAGACGCUGUCGCUGAUGGUCGCCAAUUUAUAUCAACUGCUCGUAUGCGAGCAACUCGUCGUUCUCGAAAAGAUGUUCGUUUUUGGGAACGAAUUGAUGCUAUUGUUGCUCUCGCUACAGCUCCACCACGUGAUCCACCAAUAUCACGGCGCCAAUCAUUUCAUGAAGCACAUUUCUACGAACGAAAUCAUCCACAUCUAAUAAAAGAAAAAUUUCGUAAACGUCGAACAAGUCUUGAAAAAGAAAAAUUGAACUUUGACAAAAAUAUUAAAACAAAAUAUAAAUAUGAAGAAACACGUACUAAAUUUGGUGGAAAACGUCUACUAAAUGAAUUCGAAUGGACACGUGAAGUAUGGUAUAUUUGGCUUGAUGAAUACAUAGCUGAAUUAGAUAAAAUUGAAAUAAUGAGACAAGAAAAAGAAGUCAAACAACAACAACAAAUAGCUGCAUCAACGCCUCUCGAUGAACCGUCCACAUUUGCAAUAGAUGACAGUGAACAUGAAAUCAGCGGAAGUCAAAUAAAAAAAGUAUCUACUAGUGUUCAACUUGAACCAAUAAUAAAUCUUCAAGUGCCUCACAGCGAAGAACGUCGUCUAAUUGAAGACGAACUAUACCGUCUAACAAAAUUAAUCGAUCGAGAUCCACGUGAUGUAUUUAGUUUAACACGACGCGGUGGUUUACUACGUAAACUUGGAUUAUUUCACGAUGCUCUCAAUGAUCUAUCGUUAGCUGUUUAUAUUGAACCAUCAUUUAUGGAUGCAUAUUGGCAACGAGCACUUAUCUAUAUGAUAUUCGAACAUUAUGAUGAUGCAUUGGACUCGUUAAAUAUGUGUAUAAAAUUUAAUAAAACUCAUGCUGGCGCUUAUAAAUUACGUGGUGAUAUAUAUUCAAUGAGGAAUGAUUUAGCUUUAGCCAUUGCUAAUUACUCACAAGCCAUACGUCACAAUUCAACAGACCAUGAAUCCUAUUUUCAACGAGCACAAACGUAUGAACGAAGAAAUGAAAUUCUUUUAGCUAUGGACGAUUAUGUACAAGUAACUCAAUUGAAUCCGAAGAAUAUCGAAGCUUGGUAUAAACAUGCUCUGUAUUAUUUCAAUACGAAUAAUUAUGAUUAUGCUGUUGGUGAUUUUACUGAACUACUGAAACGUGAACCGGAUCAUGUAACAGCGCGUCUUUAUCGUGGUCUUUCAUAUUUCUAUCUUGAAUAUUAUCAAAAUGCUUUAGCUGAUUUUUCUGCAACGCUGCAUUAUGAUCCAUCGAAUUGGGCCGCUUACUAUCAUCGUGGUUGUCUUUUGCGUACAUGUAAUCCAGCCAAAUCAUUAAAAGAUUUAAGUAUAUCAUUAUUAAUCAAUCCGGAAUAUGAAAAUGUUGGCGCUUAUCUUCAUCGAGCUUUAAUUUAUUGCAAACAAAACCAAUACGAUGCAGCUAUUGCUGAUUAUGAAGCUGUAUUAGUGCUAGAUCGUGAACAUGCGCCAGCUCUAUGUAAUUUAGCUAUUAUUUACAUGAGAACAAAUGUUCAAAAAGCGUUACAAUUAUUUACGAGAGCUAUCGAAGCUGAACCAACAUAUGUUCGAGCUUACUUUUGCCGUGCUUAUUUCUAUACUCAAAUUAAUAAAUUACAACAGGCCUAUUCAGAUUAUACGAAAAUUUAUCAUAUGUUUCCGGAUCAAAAUGGUGCUAUGGUACUUCGAGGAAAUAUACUUCUUUUGAUGGGAAAAUUAGAUUUGGCUUCAUUCUGUGUUGAAGUAGCUGCUAAAUUACAGUCAUUAGCAGCUCCGGAAGAAGACGGAUCGCCAUCAGUAUCAUCUUCAAUGAAAAUGAGUGCAUCAAGUCCUCAACAACAAGCUAUUGUUCAUUCAUUUCUCGAACAAUUCGAUUAUGCUCUAUCGAUUAUCGAACGCGAAUGUUUAUUACGUCCAACACCUGCAAAUUACCGUAUGUUUGGUCGACUACGUACAAAAGCUAAACGAUUCGAUGAAGCACGAGCUGCAUUUGAAAAAUGCAUACAAACAUGUAUAAGUAGUAUAUCAGAUCAGUCAGUUGAGCUUCAUGGUGCUUAUCUAGACUUGAGUAAAUGUCUUAUACAACUUCAACGUUAUCCGCAAGCUGUCGAACAAUUAACAACACUUAUAAAACUUCAACCACCGAAUCAAAAUGCAGAAGCUUAUCUACAACGUGGCAUUGCAAAAAUGAGAAUGUUUGGAAAAUUUUCUACUCAGGAAUUAACAAAAUUAUCAUCGAAUAGACGACCAUUAUUAGAUAUUAAUAGAGCACUCGUAAUCGAACCUAAUAGUGCUGAAGCAUAUCUUGCACGAGCUGCAUGGUAUGCUCGUUGCGAACGUUAUUCAAAAGGUGUACUAAAUUGUAAUGAAGCUAUUCGUUUAAAUCCAAAACUUGUUCGUGCUUAUCUUUAUCGUGGUUGUCUAAAAUAUUCUAUUCGCCUUUAUGAUCAUGCUAUUAAAGAUCUAUCAAUAGCAUUAGAUAUUGAUCCAUCUUGUUCACAUGCGUAUUAUAAUCGCGCAUUGUGUUACAUUCGUCGAGGAAAUCUGUCCUUGGCCUUGAAAGAUUUUGCUAUUGUUUUAUGUCUUGCGUCGGCAAUAAAAAAUAGUAAAACUCAAUUGCUUGAACUUGAAACUUACAUCAAUCGAGGCCUACUACAAUAUGAACAUAAGGAUUUUGAAAAUGCAUUAAUCGAUUUUGAGUAUGCACUUGAAAUAGUAACGGCAUCGAAUGAUGAGAGACGAAUUAAUGUACUUAAACAUAAAUUAAUAUAUACAAUUGGACAAUGUCAUCAUCGAUUAGCACAAUUCGAUGAAGCCAUUGAACGAUUUAAAUCAUCUGAAAUAGAUUAUCAUGCGAUGAUAGAUACGACUUAUCGACAUGAUCUAUGGAUCGCUCAAGGCAUUGUCUAUAUGGACAUGGGUAAUGAUGAAUCGAAAUUGCAAGCAACAAAAUUAUUUGAAUCUGUACUUCAUGAAAAUCCAAUACAUGAAACUGCACGACUUAACCUUGGCUAUUGCUUUCGACAACGUGGCUAUUAUAAACGUGCUUGGAUACAAUUUUCAGCUCUUCUUCAUUUCAAUCCAUCGAAUGUGCGUGCACUUGAAGCGCGGGCUAUUGUUUGUCUACAAAUGAAUCAUCCGACCGAAGCAUUUAUUGAUCUCAAUCAAGCAUUACGUUUUCAACCAUCAUCAGCUCAAUUACUGACAAAUCGUGGUGUCGUUCAACAAUAUUUAGGUGACAAUAAAAAUGCGAUGUGUGAUUAUCGUGCAGCUAUGCUUGCCGAUCCGAAUAAUGCAUUUGCACAUUACAAUGCUGGAAAUGUACUUAUGUUUCAUGGGCAAUUUCUGGAAGCUAUUACUUUAUUUGAUCGAGUUUUGGAAAUAAAUCCAAGAGAUGAAGCAGCAUUAACGAAUCGUGCUAUUGCUAAAGUUGUUUUGAAACAGUACAGCGGUGCACGCAGUGAUCUUGAGCAUGCUUUAAGAAUUUCACCGUUGAGUGCACAUAUUCAUAUCGAUCUCGGACAAUUAUUAUUGACAAUGAAUGAACCAAUUGAAGCAGAGAAACAUUUUACACGUGCUUUAGAAAUUCGUCCAUGUGAUCCGGUUGUGUAUAAAUGGCGUGGUGAUGCCCUAUCGAAACAAGAUGGACGACGACAAGAUGCUUUGGAUAACUAUCGUGCCUGUGUUGAACUGAGUGAUGCAUUACAAUUAGCACGAAAACAUGGACUUAUUAAAGCACCAACUAAAACUAGGCGAAGGCUGUGA